AGAAGAAACGGAACAGGAAGAAGAAGAAGAAGAAGAAGAAGCAGAAGCUUCGGCGGAGCCAACGACUCCCUCCUUCCAGCUGGUAACGGGCCGCGCAGAACAAUCGAGAACAACGCCGGACAUCAUGCCUCGCGUUUACAUCGGACGACUGAGCUACCAUGUCCGCGAAAAAGACAUCGAGCGGUUCUUCGGCGGAUAUGGAAAGCUCAUGGAGAUCGAUUUGAAGAACGGCUAUGGCUUCGUGGAGUUCGAGGAUAACCGGGACGCCGACGACGCCGUGUACGAGCUGAACGGGAAGGAGCUGUGCGGGGAGCGGGUGAUCGUGGAAAACGCCCGCGGGCCGCGGCGAGAUCGAGAUGGCUACGGUGGGGGUCACUUGGGUGGUGGGCGCAGUAGCGGUUACAGCAGCCGGAGCCGCACUGGCAGGGACAAGUACGGACCCCCGGUCCGUACUGAGUACCGCCUCAUCGUGGAGAACUUGUCCAGCCGCUGCAGUUGGCAAGACCUCAAGGACUUCAUGCGUCAAGCAGGAGAGGUGACUUACGCAGAUGCCCACAAGGAACGCACCAAUGAGGGUGUGAUCGAGUUUCGCUCCGAGUCGGACCUGAGGAGGGCCAUUGACAAGCUGGAUGGCACGGACAUUAAUGGACGGAAGAUUCGUCUUGUGGAGGAACGACCUCGCAAACGGCGGUCUUACUCCGGCAGCCGCUCCAGAUCUCGGAGUCGUCGCAGCAGGAGCCGCAGGAGCUCCAGGAGUCGCUCCAGAUCCCACUCGAGGUCUCGUUCCCAUAGCAACAAGAGGCGUCGCCGCUCUCUAUCUGGAAGGAAGUCUCGCUCAAAGUCCGGAGGAAGGGAAUCAAGGUCUCGCAACCGCAGGUCCCGUUCUCGCUCAGCUGACCGGAAGGCAAAGUCCCGUUCGCGCUCCCCCAGAUCCCGUUCGCGCUCAGCUGACCGGAAGGCAAAGUCCCGUUCGCGCUCAGCUGACCGGAAGGCAAAGUCCCGUUCGCGCUCAGCUGACCGGAAGGCAAAGUCCCGUUCGCGCUCCCCCAGAUCCCGUUCGCGCUCAGCUGACCGGAAAUCCAAGUCCCGUUCUAAGAGCCGUUCAAAGGUGAAGUCUGAGCGUGAUUCUCGCAGUCGUUCCAAGGAGAUGUCCGUCGAAAGGUCCCGCAGUCAUUCGGUGUCCCCGAUGGCUAACGGGGUGGAGGAGCCUGCCGCCAAGUCUCCGUCCCGCUCCCCGUCUCCUCGAGAGGACGACCGCCGAUCCAAGUCCAGGGAAAAACGUUCAGCCUCACGCUCAAAGUCUCGCUCAAGGUCUAGAUCAGCCUCUCGGGAUUAGUGGAAUUUAAAACAAAGGGGGUCGUUUGUCUCUUUGGCGAGCUUGAUCCCGUUGCUGUACAUAGUGAGCAGUCUCGCCUUUAGCGGCUUCGGCUUAAUUGCUCUGUCUGCUGUUCUCAAAGUGUUCACUUCUCUUAACAUAUCUAAGAUUCAGUCUCAUUAAAGGAUGCACCAGUCAGUUUCCGUAUCGUCUGUCUCAGCGGGGGGGAAAUAACAUGAAUUUGAUCUGGUAAACUUGGUAAGUCUGUUUGUUUGUAGAUCAAUCUAGUUUACUUAAAUGCCUUCCCAUUCACACCUGCAGCAUCCAUCAAACGCCAAAACGGUAAAGAUUUCCUUUUUGGGGGGAAAAGUAGCGUAUUGCUGGAUCAUUGUAGCAGUUUCCCAUUUUGAACUGACGUCUCAAUUUCUUUAAUUUGUUUUUGCGGUACUCUAAAAUACACCUGGGAUGCAGAAAGUCAUACUGCAUAUUUACAAUAUUCUUGGGGAGAACCUACGAUCUCAUAACAUUGUACAUAAAUGUCAUCAGCUUUCGAAAAGAUUUUUGUUGGACUUUUUUGCACCUAUGGGCAGGAAAUAUGUGAGAAAUCCUUUUUUUUUUUUUUUUUUUAAGAGCUUCAAUGACUUUAAUGCAAUUUCCCGUUUGUCUUAUUCUCACCGGCUAGUUUUCAUUGCAUCCCCUGUGAACAAUUUAAAUACUUUUCUCUAUUUCAAAGGUUACGGGUUUGUUUUAAGCCGCUGUGUAAAGUUUACGGCUCCACCCUCCCCCACUCCAUCUUGUGGAGAUUUCUUUUCGGUGCAAAUGAGGUUUUUUUUAUUUUUUUUUAUUGUAUGAUCAAUUAAAAAUCUUAACGAAA